AGUAUAGGUGCCACGUCUGCUAGGAAGUAAUAGUCAUGGACUCGCCAAGGGCCGUUAUCCUUCAACUUCCAACUCCAUUCAUAACUCUAUGAGGUCGGGCCCCCCCAAUUUUUGUAGGAACUCCUCUCCUGCGUCAACAACAUGAGGCUUUUCUUGUGGAACGUGGUCCUGACGCUGCUGGUCCCUGCUCUGAGCGGGGCUCUGAUUCCUGAGCCAGAGGUGAAGAUUGAAGUUCUCCAGAAGCCCUUUAUCUGCCAUCGCAGGACCAAGGGAGGAGAUCUGAUGCUGGUUCACUACGAAGGCUUCUUAGAAAAGGACGGCUCUCUCUUCCACUCCACUCACAAGCAUAAUAAUGGGCAGCCCAUUUGGUUUACCUUGGGCAUCCUGGAGGCCCUUAAAGGAUGGGAUCAGGGCUUGAAGGGAAUGUGUGUAGGAGAGAAGAGAAAACUCAUCAUUCCUCCUGCCCUAGGCUAUGGAAAAGAAGGGAAAGGUAAAAUUCCCCCAGAGAGUACAUUAAUAUUCAACAUUGAUCUCCUGGAGAUUCGAAAUGGACCAAGAUCCCAUGAAUCAUUCCAAGAAAUGGAUCUUAAUGAUGACUGGAGACUCUCUAAAGAAGAGGUUAAAGUGUAUUUAAAGAAGGAGUUUGAGAAGCAUGGAGCAGUGGUAAAUGACAGUCAUCAUGAUGUUUUGGUGGAGGAUAUUUUUGAUAAAGAAGAUGAAGACAAAGAUGGAUAUAUAUCUGCGAGAGAGUUUACAUAUAAACACGAUGAGUUAUAGAGAUAGGCCUGCCUUUUUUAUAUAUUACCUACCCUUAAAGAUCAUCUUUAAGGAAUAUCAGUUUU